AUGUUACCUUUACUCGUCGUCGGCGCGCUCACACAAACGGUACACGAACCCAUGACUGAGCAUAUUUACUUCUAUCCACGACCCGGCGAUGAGGCAUCGCACAACAUUUACGUAAAGCCUACAGAUCUUAUAACACGCCACCGAUUACAACUUGUGACGGAUUGGCCUUACCCGGGCGUCAUGGGCGGCCACGUACACAAACCCAUUGAUUUGGUCGCCACGGCCGAGGUCAGUUCUCAGCCGAUUUACUUCCGCAAACGUGACAAUCUCGCCAAUGUCAAACUCAAGCAGAAACAGAAUAUCUUAUAUCUACAAUUGCCGAUGUUAGCGCAGAGCAAUCUACAUAUGACUAGCGAAAGUGAGAAUAAAGUUUUGUAA